AUGGGUUACGAAGAAAUUGAAAACGUGAUAAGUAGGGAUGAGCUAAAUGAAGCGAUUGCAAAGUCGAAAAGAAACAAGGCAACAGGGGAAGAUGGCUUGGGAAAUAAAGCGCUGAAAUAUGGAGGAUUGGAGGUGAGGGAAGAGAUGUGGAGGAUUUGCAACAAUCUAUGGAAAGGAGAAGGGUGGCUGGAGGAGUGGGAGGCAGGGCUGGUGGUAACGUUGAUUCAGAAAGGAGAAAGCAAAAAGGCGAAGGAACAUAGAGGUAUCACACUCAUGUCCGUGGGAUAUAAAAUGUAUGCGGAAGUGCUUAGAAGGAGGUUGGAAAGACAGGUGGAAGAGAAGCGAAGUACACCACAAAACCAAACGGGGUUUAGAAAAGGGAUGGGAAACAUAGAUAACGUCUACGUGCUCAACUAUCUAGUUAAUAGGAACCUAGGGCGGAAGAAAGGGAAGCUAGUCGCAUUCUUUGUAGACUUUAAGGCAAAAUUUGACUCAGUUAACAGUAGGAUCUUAUGGGCAACCAUGAAAGAGAGAGGAUUAGACAAAGGUUUAAUAAAAAGAAUAAAAGAAAUAUUUGUUGAUACUUAG